CGUUGGUCCGUUGCUGUUUAUUGUGAUUACUUUUUCUCUUUUAUUGUCUAGCUUCCAUUUUCGCGGUUUAAACGUGUAGUGAAGAAGUACUUUGCGUAUUGUUUUGCUUUAACGAUUAUUACCAAUAGAGUUGUUGUUAUUUGUUAACAAGUUAAUCUAUUGUCAAUAAUAAUUAUUAAUAUUUUUUAAUAAACAUUAAUUGCAUUUGCAUAUAUUUAACCGAAAAGGUGUGAUCGUAGCAUUGUUCUGGUAACCGUGUAACAAUUGAAAUGGAUAGUCCUGACAUGGAAAUUGAAGAUGACGAUUACGAGCCGGCUAAAAAUACAAAAUCACUUGGAAAAAAAGACAAUUUGAACAACUCGAAAAUGGAAACUAGUAACAAUUCUGGAUCCGAAGAUGAAAUAUCCCCAUCCAAAGAAAAAGAUGGAAAAGUUUUUGGAGUUAAAGUGGAAACUGACCGUGGAAAAAGGUUUGACUAUCUUCUUAAACAAACAGAAAUCUUUGCUCAUUUUAUGACAGCUAAUCAAAAAAAAGAUGGAUCAAGCACUGCUAGUGCUACUGGAAACACACCAAAAAAAGCUAAGGGUAGACCCCGUAAACCUAAAGCUGAAACUGGAGAUUCUGCUGACCUUCGUCAUCGCCAAACAGAACAAGAAGAAGAUGAAGAGCUAUUAAAAGAGUCAUUGGCAGCAGACAAGUACAUCACUCAGUUUGAUGAAUCUCCGUAUUAUAUACAAAAUGGGGAAUUACGUGAUUAUCAAGUACGUGGUUUGAAUUGGAUGAUAUCGUUGUAUGAAAAUGGAAUUAAUGGUAUUCUGGCUGAUGAAAUGGGCCUCGGUAAAACUUUACAAACAAUAUCACUUUUAGGAUACAUGAAGCAUUAUAGAAAUAUACCUGGACCUCACAUGGUUAUUGUUCCUAAAUCAACAUUACAAAAUUGGGUAAAUGAAUUUAAGAAAUGGUGUCCCACAAUUCGAACUGUUUGUAUGAUUGGAGAUAGAGACGCGCGGGUUAAAUUUAUUCGUGAGACAUUUAUACCUGGAGACUGGGAUGUUUGUAUUACAUCUUAUGAAAUGAUUAUUCGUGAGAGAGCUGUAUUACGUAAAAUUCAAUGGAGAUAUUUAGUAAUUGAUGAAGCUCAUAGAAUAAAAAAUGAAAAAAGUAAACUUUCCGAAAUAAUUAGGGAGUUUGAAACUACAAAUCGAUUAUUGUUAACUGGUACACCAUUGCAAAAUAAUUUGCAUGAAUUGUGGGCACUGUUGAACUUUUUACUGCCAGAUGUGUUUAAUUCAUCAGAUGAUUUUGAUUCUUGGUUUAAUACAAACAAUUGCCUUGGAGAUAAUGCCUUAAUUGAACGACUGCAUGCUGUAUUAAGACCAUUUCUUUUAAGAAGAUUAAAAUCUGAAGUGGAAAAACGUCUAAAACCUAAAAAAGAAGUCAAAGUUUAUGUUGGCUUAAGUAAAUUACAAAGAGAAUGGUAUACAAAAGUCUUAAUGAAAGAUAUAGAUGUAGUUAAUGGUGCUGGCAAAGUAGAGAAAAUGAGACUACAAAAUAUUCUUAUGCAACUACGAAAGUGCAGUAAUCACCCUUAUCUUUUUGAUGGUGCUGAACCAGGUCCUCCUUAUACUACUGAUGAACAUAUUGUUUUUAACUGUGGAAAAAUGGUUGUAUUUGAUAAGUUAUUGAAAGCUUUAAAAGAACAAGAUUCCCGUGUACUUGUCUUUAGUCAGAUGACUCGUAUGAUGGAUAUUUUGGAAGAUUAUAUGCACUGGAAAGGGUAUAAUUAUUGUCGUUUGGAUGGUCAAACCCCUCAUGAAGAUCGCCAACGUCAAAUUAAUGAGUACAAUGAACCGAACAGCAAAAAGUUUGUUUUCAUACUUUCUACUCGAGCUGGUGGUUUAGGUAUUAAUUUAGCUACCGCAGAUGUUGUUAUUAUAUAUGAUUCUGAUUGGAAUCCUCAAAUGGACUUACAAGCAAUGGAUCGAGCUCAUAGAAUUGGACAAAAAAAACAAGUUAGAGUAUUCCGUCUUAUCACUGAAAAUACUGUUGAAGAAAAAAUUGUUGAAAGAGCUGAAGUUAAACUUAGGUUGGAUAAAUUAGUUAUUCAACAAGGUCGAUUGAUAGAUAAUCAGAAAAAUACUCUGAACAAGGAUGAAAUGUUGAAUAUGAUCAGACAUGGUGCAAAUCAUGUUUUCCAGUCUAAAGAUUCUGAAAUUACUGAUGAAGAUAUUGAUACUAUUUUACGGAAAGGCGAAGAAAAGACAGAAGAAAUGAAACAAAAAUUGGAAUCUUUAGGAGAAUCGUCUUUGAGAAAUUUUACAUUAGAUGCUCAAACAGAAUCAUCCUUGUAUACAUUUGAAGGAGAAGACUAUAGAGAAAAACAAAAAUUAACUGGUAUUGGAAAUUGGAUAGAACCACCUAAACGAGAACGCAAAGCUAAUUAUGCUGUUGAUGCCUAUUUUCGUGAAGCACUUAGAACAUCUGAACCUAAACAACCUAAAGCACCUCGACCACCUAAACAACCAUUGGUUCAAGAUUUCCAAUUCUUUCCUACUCGUUUAUUUGAUUUACUCGAUCAAGAAAUUUAUUACUACAGACAAACGGUUGGAUAUAAAGUACCAAAAAAUUCAGAAUUAGGUGCUGAUGCAGCUAAAAUACAGAAAGAAGAACAAAAAAAAAUAGAUGAAUCUCAACCACUUACUGAAGAAGAACAAGCAGAAAAAGAAGUUUUAUUAACAAAAGGGUUUACAAAUUGGAAUAAACGUGAUUUUAACCAAUUUAUUAAAGCUAAUGAAAAAUAUGGCAGAGAUGACAUUGAUAAUAUAUCUAAAGAAGUAGAAGGUAAAACAGCUGAAGAAGUAAGAGAAUACAGUGCUGUGUUUUGGGAAAGAUGUAACGAGUUCCAAGAUAUUGAUAGAAUUAUGGGACAAAUAGAACGAGGAGAAUCUAAAAUACAACGCCGAGCUAGCAUUAAAAGAGCUUUGGAUGCAAAGAUGACGAGGUAUAGGGCUCCAUUUCAUCAAUUGCGCAUUUCAUAUGGAGCAAACAAAGGCAAAAAUUAUACUGAAGAAGAAGAUAGAUUUUUAGUUUGUAUGCUUCAUAAACUUGGAUUUGAUAAAGAAAAUGUGUAUGAAGAAUUAAGAGCAGCUAUAAGGUGUGCUCCUCAAUUUAGAUUUGAUUGGUUUAUUAAAAGUCGUACUGCAAAUGAACUACAAAGGCGAUGUAAUACUUUAAUUACACUAAUAGAGCGAGAAAAUCAAGAAUUAGAAGAAAAAGAAAGAGAACAAAAAAAAUUGAUAAAAAAAAAUUUGAAGCCAGCUCCAUCUCCUGCCCCAGUUAAAAAGAAAACAGAUAAAGUUGAUAAGGCUGAUGCAGGUGAUCCUAAGUCACCAGUUCCAAAAAAAAAGAAAAAGUAACUUAAAAGGCAUGAAUUUUUUUUUAAUUAAGACUUUAUACUUGUAUUUUUUAUUUUAAUCAUAAGUUUGUGAAUACGUUUCUUCUGCAUUAAAAUUUAAUAUAAUUUUGUGUAUAUUUAUUAAAGGAACAUUGAAAUUUAUUUUUGUUGUAA